CCUUAAACCCACACCAUUUCAAAGGUGUUCGGGAAUGAGAAUUUGAGAUCUGAGAUUCGUUUGAUGCAGUUAUGCUUUGAGGAUAAUUAGGGAUUUUUUUUCUACUCAUAGAAGUUAGUUUUAUCUUCAAUUUGGUUUCAAGAAUGGAUAGGGAAUAGGUUUGUUUUGGGUCUUCAAAUACAAGUUUGUAAAGAGUAACCAACACUAGAGAUUGGAAUGAAAAGUUUGAGUUGAUAUCGCAGGUGCCAAGGGCUGUGGUUUCGCUAUUCUACCUCCUCUUCUCUGAAUCCUCUUUCGCUUCAGGAAGAUGGCAUCUGCGAAUGGGAGGGGCUAUUAUUGUGUUCCUGGCUACAUGCGGUGUCCUAUUGGUAGGAUGGAAGUCUGGGGCCAAAGAAUCUCUGAAAGAUCAAGUAGGGGGUGUUCCGAGGGCAGACCUUAGUGCAACGGUAUGGUGGCUUCAUUGUAACUUGGUGGCCACUUCAAGUCCGGAAACAGCCUCUCCAUGAAGCAGGGAAGGGAUCAUCCUGUGUAACAGCAUGGAGGCUAUAGCUGAGUCGCCUAAACAUCAGAAGAGAGAUAAUGGUGAAUACUAUUGGAAAACGGCAGGGGAAGAGGAAGAGACUUGGUCCGUACUUCCAGAUCACCUUUUAUGGAUGAUCAGAGAAAGGCUAAAUUUUGUUCAGAAUUUGUACGUGGCUGCUGUCUGUAAGAAUUGGUGGUCCGCAUCUCCAACUUGCUCCAACAUUACCACCACCAGGUUCUCAUUGCCAUGGAUCAUGGGUUAUAGGGGUCAUGAUAGCACUGAACAAGAGUUCAUAGAUCCCUGGUACAGAAAGAAAUAUGUCAGUAAUCUCCCAGAUCUCUCCGGAGCCCGUGUCAUUUACUCAAAAGAAGGAUGGCUGCUUGUACUUAAGACAAUUGGAGUGGAAAACAGAAUGGGACCAACACUAACAAGAACGAAGUCAAUUGAAGGAAGUAAGGAAUGUUCUCCUUUCUUACUCAACCCUCUUACUAAAGCCAAAAUUGAGUUGCCAAAACUGCCUUAUGCAUAUGUGCUAGCUGGAACAUUCUCUAUCAUCGAUGGUGCUAUUGGCCAUGUGGCUUUUGCUGCUUAUGAUGAUGGUGUGAUCUUCCCUUCAAGUGGGGACUCAGAUUCUCCAAAUCUCUUUAUUGCCAACCUGAGGGACAGAAGUGGAGAUGAUGAAACAUCAUGGAUGUGGUUCAAGUAUACACCAUCUUUUGGGGUUGGAAAUAUAGACCGUGUGGUUGGUUUCUUAAUUAUUGGGGCUUUGUUGUACCUCUUUGAUGCCAAGGCAGGGAUGUUUGUUUUUGACUUGUUAACUCUUGCAUGGAAAGAGUACCGGAGAUUUGGAAAUGUUGACAUAUUCAGUUACAUUUUGGAGUGCGAGGGGGAAAUCAUAGAUAUGCAUAUGAAUGAAUGGAGGGAUGGUUUUAGAUUUUUCAAGUUGAAUCUGAAUGACUCCUCAGAUAGUGAGGUUGAUUGGGUGGAGCUAAAAGAUGAUGAUGUACUCAUACAGGACAGGGUUUGGUUCACUGGACAGAGGUCUAGCUCUUCUUUUACAAGAAAAGUAAAAUUGGAUGAAGGAAGCUCAAUGAAGAAAAUAGUCUACCACAAUAGAGUCAUCUUCCAGCAGGAUUAUAGAGCAGCUAAGUGGAUUUUCAGCAAGGUUGAAUUUGAUGGCUUGGAGAAAUCGGGUGUAUAUGUUGAUCAAAAGCAUCAUUACCUUCCACUUUGGGUGGACAUUAGUUAAGAUUUGUAUUAUAUGAAAAAGUACGUACCCAGUGCACAAGGCAUCGGCAUCUGUGAGGUCCAGAGGCGAGAACUACGCGAUUUUUAUUAUAUUAUAUAUGUCUAACAUUUACUAUUAAAAUAUU